AGUGGGCGUUACAGAGGUCGCGUUCUUGCAUGAUGCAUCUCUUGGACUUUGCGUCGCGUCUCGCUGAGCGUUUUUAAACAAUCAAGUAAAAAGAACAUUUCAAAUUUGUUUCCACUUGAAACAUUUCAGUAGCAUGUUUCGAACCGCUUAACGACGUGCUAGUAUGUAAACAUCUCAUACUAAAGUCCCCCACCGGGACUCUUUCAGUUCCCCUUUAAACAACUUUAAACCCGCCUCAGAAAACCACCAGCAGCUUCACUUCCACUUUACGGAACUAAACUCUGUCUGUCUCUGUCUGUGAGCGUCUGAAGAGCUCUGAAUCCCGCAUCAUCCAGCAUGUCUCUCCCGCAACAGCUGCGCGAUGAAAGUGAUUUCGACCAGCUUCCAGACAACAUCCCGGUCACUGCAACCAUUGCUGAUAUUGAGGAGAAGAAAGGUUUCAUUGUUUACUGUAGGUUCGUGAUUGAGGUGAAGACCAAAGGCAACAGUAAAUACCUGAUCUACAGAAGGUAUCGUCAGUUCUUCACUCUGCACCAGAGUUUGGAGCUUAAAUACUCAGCUGAAGCCCAGCCGGGAUACUACAUCUGCCAACUACCUACUCUGCCAGGUAAGGUGUUUAUGGGAAACAAAAAGGAGAUCGCAGAGAGCAGAAUCCCAGAGCUCAACAAUUACAUGAAGAGGUUGCUUUGUCUGCCUACCUGGGUACUCUUGGACGAUCUGAUACGGAUGUUUUUCUACCAGACCGAGUUGGAUAGCCAACAGGUCCCCCGGGCCCUGCGCCGCCUGCGGCCCCCCACACGCAAAGUGUAUGAGCCUACCCACAAUCUCUCAUUUCUCCUUCCAGCACUUCACUGCAUACUUUUACAGGAUCCUGCUGCGGUGUUUGACUUCAGCAGCAGCGGACGCCUGGAGCUCAGUCUGAAGGCUGGAGAUGUGAUCUUCCUCCUGCGGAGAGUCAACGCAGACUGGCUGGAGGGCACAGUGAGGGACAAAACUGGAAUCUUUCCCGAGUCGUUCGUGAACAUUAUUAAACCUCUUCCCGAGAGUGACUCUGACGAAGAGGGCGGAGCUUCCAAGAGUGGGAAUCGUGCUCCGAGUUCCUACAGCUGCCUGCGCUGCUAUCUGCUGCAGCCAGAGGGCAUCGACACAAGGGACAUUUGUGUUGAGGAAGAUCUCUCCAUUCAGCCGUCUUACAAAGAUCUGCUUUCCCAAAUGAGGGGUAUCUUUCAAGUGGAAGAUAUUGCUUUGAACUACCGGGACCCCGAGGGUGAUCUGAUACGGAUAUUAGACGAUGAAGACAUCGCUCUCAUGGUGCAAGAGAGCAAACAGACGGGGUCAAAGGUCAAACGACCCGUGAAUCAGUUUCCCUGGGAGCUGCUGGUCACGCAUGCCAAAGAUCUGACCGUCUACAACACCGAGUAUUAAAACCAGCGCUUUUCUGGACCUCGACAUGUUCCUCGUCAUUUGCACAUUGAUUGUUAGUUUAAUUGGUUUUCAAAUUGAAAACAAUUUUUAGUUAUUAAAGGGAUAGUUCACCCAAAAAUGACAAUUGUGUCAUUAUUUACGCACCCUUGAAUCGUUCAUGACUUUUGAGGCAGAAUCAGUUGGUCCAGUUCACAAAAUCGGUCUGACUGAUUCGUUUAUGAAUCAAAGUGAUUCGGUUCUCAGUUAACUGAUUCACUGAUUCACUGAUUCAUUGAUCUGGUAACAACGGAUCACAGAUCUCGGAAGGGAAGAUAAUCAGUGAAUAAUAACACUUCAUUGUCCAAAACAUUCUUAAAUGCCCUCAGACCAGUGUUAUCAUUAAUAUACUAUUAUAUUGUUUAGAGAGAGAGA